CACUCGUAAGAAUGAGGACAGGCUGCUGAGGUUGGUCGACACAGGACAGUCUGUGAAGGGCAAAAAACAUUUGUGUGUUCCCACAACCAAGAUGGCCACCUUUGACAACAACACAAACCAAACAGGCCACAGCGCCUCCUACUGUAAAUUCAAUGAAACAUUUAAAUACAUUCUCCUGCCUGUGAGCUAUGCCCUGGUCUUUGUGAUCGGCCUUGUGCUGAACUCCACAGCGUUGUAUGUGAUUGUGUUCUGCACGAAGCGCUGGAAGCCGACCACCAUCUAUAUGUUCAACCUGACCAUGUGUGACACUCUCUACGUCCUGACCCUGCCCUUCCUCAUCUACUACUAUGCCGAUGAGAAUCACUGGCCCUUCGGUGAACCCUUCUGCAAAGUGAUACGCUUCCUGUUUUAUACCAACUUAUAUGGUUCUAUAUUGUUCCUGUGCUGUAUCAGUCUGCAUCGGUUCAUUGGAAUCUGUUAUCCAGUCCACUCUCUGUACUGGGUGAGCGCUAGUCGGGCCCGGCUGGUGUCUGUGGCAGUGUGGGCCUUUGUGUUACUCUGCCAGGCACCUGUUCUCUACUUCUCAAGAAUAAGGGAUGUGGCCACUGGGCAGACCUGUUACGACACCACAAGCCCGGAGCUGUUUGACGACUUCCUGGUGUACAGCUCGGUGGUGUCAGUGCUCCUGUUCGUCCUUCCCUUCAUGGUGGUGAUGGUCUGCUACGGCCUCAUGGUGCGGAAGCUUCUGGAGCCGAGCUGGGGAUCUGAGGGUGGGGAUGGAAGGGAGAGAGGCGGUCUGGUGGCCCAACGGUCCAAGCAGAAGUCAGUGAAGAUGAUUAUCAUCGUGCUGGCAAUGUUCAUGCUCUGCUUCCUCCCUUUCCACCUCACCAGGAGUCUUUACUACUCCUUCAGACACCUGAGGCAGGCCAAUCCAGCACAGUUCAGCUGUAAUUUGCUGGAGGCCUCCAGUAUCGCUUACAAGGUCACCCGACCUUUGGCCAGUGCCAACAGCUGCGUGGACCCCAUUCUUUACUUCCUGGCUGGGCAGGACGUCCGCAGUAACAUCACAAAGAAGAUCAGGUCAUUUCCGUCAAAACAUAAAGGUGUGAGCCGGUUCGUGACAACGCAAAUCUGACCUAACACCCCAUUAUGUCUUGGUAAACAUGACAUCUCAUCAGUGCAACUUUCAAUGUUCAGCAAGUACAAGACCUCUGAGGGUCAGGUCUUUAUGUAGAGGCAAAUGUUCAAUCCUAUAUUAUUCUUUAAGCAAUUAUGAAUGUUGUUUUUCUUCAGGAGUUUAAUUUAUAUUGAUACAAAUAUACUGUAAAGUGAUAUUCAUUCUUAAAAAUUUCUCAGAAUUAAGAGAAAAACCAAAGCAUUUAUUGCUUUUUACUGCUUACUUGUCUGCUCAGAAUGAUUGAAGGUCUUUAGUUGAGCAAGUUCAAACACUUGGAUUUGGAUUUCUGUCAUCAACCUGCAGAAAAUAUUUGCCCAGAAAUAGUUAUGACGACGAAAGGUUAUAAAUAAAUGUCUAAAUCAUGUAGUGCAUUCCUGACUUGACUCGUCUGAGCCACAUAUAUCAGAUACUGUAUGUCUGUGUUCUCUCUGGUCAGACACUCCCUGCCCUUUUAAGACUUGUUAGGAAAGUUUUAAUGAACAUGUGCAAAUGACUGUCAAGGUUCUUUGUUCUCAUUUGUAUCAUGUGUCAUGCAACAAUUACUUCAAUCUAAAUGCCUUAAUGUGUGUGGAAUAAUAUUUUGUUCUGGCAUAUCAGCUAAGUGAGUAUUCACAAUCAUUCUGCCCAACAUUCUUCACACAGGCUGAUUUCCUUUUUUUAUUCUGUAAAAUUAUUUCUACAGUGCAACCUCUGAGCAGUGUAAUCUGAAACCAGAGCAGUUUGCUGUGAGGUCUGUCGUUUAUGAAUAUGGAAAUUGCAAUUUGUGGGAAGAGCAACGUACAACUCAGUAAUCUCUCUGGUGUUGGCCACACCUCAAUUACGUUAUCAUUGGUCCAUUUUCAUUUAAUGUGUACAAGUCCACAACUAGGGGGAGACACUGGUUAACAAACAAGACAGGAUGUUGCUUAUGAGGCUCUGAUCUCAACUCAAUGUUUUAAGUACAAGUUUUUUAAACAAACACACAACUCUGUCAAGAACAACUGCACACAAGACAAGUGUGUAAAAUACAUCCCUUCUUUAUUUCAAGAGUAAAAACAUCAUACAGAAUAAUGUCAUCAUAUAAACACAAUCUAAAAAGUUGAUGAAAUGAAAUGUUUUUUUUAUUCCUUCCUACUCGCCAGCAACACAUCAGCCUGGAGACACUUAAUAAGAAACAGAAGUAAAAAGAAAUCAAAUAAAACAUGUCACUAUAAUAUUUAUCAGAACAACAUAAUAAGAUAAUGUGAAAAUAUGCAUCUAAAAUACCACUAUGAUUAUAGUGCACUCUUUAAAACUCAUGAGGUUGUAAACUAAAGCCGAGACUUGAGGCAUCUCGACCACUAAUCCUCUGCAGCCACGGUUGAUUUAUUUAAUGAAACUAUAAAGAAGCAUGCAUCUGUGUGUGCGUGCGUGUGUUUUUUUAAAAGUUCAGGAUUAGAGCAGAAAAGCGUUUCACCAAAAUGUUGUAGCCAAGUGGUGAGAAGUCAGAUUUAACAUGUCGAUUCAGUUUUAUCUGCACGGAGGUGUGUGAGGAGUUGGCCAGGUUGUUAUUGAUGGAUUACAAAUGUCACUCACUGGUGUCGUCUUUACCUUGACAUGAGAUCUAGUAUAUCACCUAUAAAUGUACUUUUCGCUAAAAAUGAUAAAAGCCAGGUAUGGUCCAUUUGUUGAUACCCACCCAUAUUUACAUAUGUACAGUCAUUUACAUGUUCUAUUCUACAAAACUGAGCUUUAUACACGUCUUAUUUCUUUUACCCUAAGAGUGAAAGGCUUUAUCUUGUUAUUGGGAAGCAGAUGCUGUAAUGCAGUAUCAGGGGGCCCCUCUAAAACAAAAUUUGGUCCCUGAUCACGUAUCCUCACGGUCCUGCAUCUAGUCUAAGAGGUUAAAAGUCACAUACAUUGCUAUUAUGCUGAGUGUGGGUGGAUGUACAUUGCAGAACAAAUGAUUUUCAAACUCUCUGAUGUUGAAGUGAGCUCCUUCUACAUUCAACAUCCUCAAGGUCUGAAACUAUCACUCACCUGCGCUUUCUACGUGAGCAGGAGCAAGAGAAGCUAAAUCACAGAAAUUAAAAAAAAUAUCUUAAACUUAAAAAUCAUAUUGAGUUUUACAACAGUUCCUCUGUAUAAUACUUUCUGUGGUGCAACUGGAGUCUGUAAUCAAGUGUCAUGUGAUGGAAAAACCUUCAUACUCUAACUUGAUGUAUUCCUUUUCUUACUGUUACUGUUAUUUGAGUUUCUUGUAGUAAAAUACCAAUGUGUUUGUCUUCAUGAAGA